GCCCAAUGGAUCGUGAUGAUGAUGGCACUGGGCCCGUGGCCACCCCACCCCGCAAGGACCCCGCAAGGACCCCUCGCACGCACGUGGAUCUGUGCCCUUGGUCCCCGGCUCAAGCUGCCCGGCCCAGCGACCCGGACUCCAACCCGAGAUCUCCUCGCUCCUUGCUCGGCCAUGGACUUCACCGGCGAUUUCGGCGACGUCGCCGGUGCCGGAGGCGGCAAGGUGGACACCGGCAUGCUCAUGGAGCAAGUGAAAGUGCAGAUCGCUCUGGCGAACGCUCAGGAACUAUUGCAGAGGAUGACAGACAAAUGCUUUAAGAAGUGCAUCAGCAAACCCGGGACGUCCCUCGACAAUUCUGAACAGAAGUGCGUAGCGAUGUGCAUGGAUCGCUACAUGGACGCGUGGAACACGGUGUCCCGGGCAUACGGAACGAGGCUACAGCACGAGCAUGCAAACAUGUGAAUCGUCAAGACACAGGCGGCGAAUAUGAGGACUACUCUGGCAUUGGGGGGGAGGGGGAACACGGAAACUUUACAUUGGGCUCUUUUUAUAAAAAAAAAAGUUUCCUCUGUUUCAAUGUUACUCAUAUGCUAUAUAUGAAGUAUAAGUUGUUUCAAAUGAUUUUUGAUCAAUGAAAUAAAUUGUGCAUGGCCAACACGGGCAAGAUCACACGGAAUGUGUGAUCCAUCCGCAUUCAGUUGGCUGACCCUGUUUCAGUGUGGGGUACACAAAUUCAUUGAAUAAAUGAAAUGAUUUCAGUGGACUUGUCUUUAAAACUAUAUGGGCAUCUCGAAUUCAUCCUAUUUCUAUGGUGGUAAAUGGUUUUGCAUGUGUGACAUGGAUGCAACAGAUUCUGAAGUUUAAAUAAUUAUGAAUCUGCCAAAGUAACUAUUAAAGCCAGAAUGUAAAUUAUUCUUUCAUAGGGGUUAAGUUGUGGUGUCUUGCGUAAAAAAAAUGUCUUCUUUAAAGAAAAAGCUGAGGAAAUGUAGCAGGGACAUUUUGUGGAUGUUAAAUUUAUGGUAUACUUCACAUAGAUUUAGUUUAUCAUUUUACCUCGUAUAGUUUUUGAGCUUGUGUACCAAACCUGAAGCUAUGCUGCCUUAUAGGGUGUAGUUAGGUACAUCCUUUAUAAUUUCAUAUUCAUAUGAUUGGAAUCUGGGUUCAAAUUUGACUGACAUACAGGGCUGUAUAAUAAUUAAAUCACAGCUUUCGCUACACCAUAUAGCUUUGAAAAUGUAAACACAUUUAUCAUCCAAUGUUCUAGUGCUAUGGAAUAUUACAAAACACUUGAAAUUAUAUAGAUAUUUUACCAUUGGCACAUUUAUUGUGGUCCAGUUUUUAGGUCCCGUCUGGGUUCUCUAACUUAUGAGUCUCGUCAUCGUAUUGUCAAACAAGUUAAGAUCUGUCGAUUUGAAAAGCUGAACCUGCUGUGGCCUAAAUACCUGUUGUUCGAGAAGCCUUUUGCAUGUCCAGCGAUGUUAAUAAACGAGAUACAAUGCCGA